AUGGAGGCAGCAGGUUCAGGUUCAGGGAGCGCCGCCGCAGCGCGGGGCCGGGGCUUGUUGCCGUGCGGCCAUCCUCGUCUGAGAAACGCUGCACCGCCGCCACGUAGCAGCUCCGCGCCCCCUCGGCGCAGGCAGGAUUGGAACCCGCGAGAGCAGAAGGCAGCGGACGCGUUUACCCGGGCGAUACUCGACUGCGUGCAUGCAUACAUGGCCCUGACGGAAGAAGAGAUCAGGGAGGAGUACCGCCGUGCCGGAAAGCUCCACAGGUACGACCCGGCCAACGACGAGCUGGUAAAGCGCAUCGCCAGGGUCAUCAAGAUGUACCCGCCACCUCCAGGCCUCUUCGGCGACCCUGUCAGCUACCUCAAGCUCCUCGAGGACGACGAGGACUAG